AUGGUCUUCGGAAAGCUUUACGGUCUCCCCGAGAACGGGCGUACCCUCUCCAUCCUGGUCGCUGCCAAGCACAACGACCUGGACAUUGAGCUGGUUCAGACCCAGCCCAAUGCCUCUGCCAACUCCGGCGCUGAGUACCGCAAGGUCCAGCCCCUUGGCAAGAUCCCUGCCUUCGAGGGCGCCAACGGCUUCAACCUCUCUGAGGCUAUUGCCAUCGCCAUCUAUGUCACCUCCCAGAACGAGAAGACCACCCUCCUUGGCAAGACCAAGCAGGACUACGCUUCCAUCGUCCGCUGGAUGUCCUUCGCCAACAGCGAGGCUCUCCCCCGCCUUGCUGCCUGGUACCGCCCCCUGAUGGGCUUCGAGGGCUACAACAAGAAGGUUGUCGACGAGGCCGCCAAGGCUGCCGUCAACACCCUCGCUGUCCUUGAGGACCACCUCACCAAGAACACCUACCUCGUUGGCGAGCGUAUCACCCUUGCUGAUAUCUUCACCGCUGCUCUCCUUGCCCGUGCCUUCGCCACUGUCCUUGACAAGAAGUACCGCACUGAGAACCCCGCUUUCACCCGCUGGUUCAACACUAUCGUUAACCAGGCCUCCUUCAAGGCUGUCCUCCCCGAGGCCAAGUUCGCCGAGGAGUGCAUCAAGUACGUUGCUCCCAAGAAGGAGGAGAAGCCCAAGGCUGCUGCUCCCGCUGCUGCCGCUGCCCCCGCUGAGGAGGAGAAGGAGGCCCCCAAGCCCAAGCACCCCCUUGAGGCUCUUGGCCGCCCCGGUCUCGCCAUUGACGAGUGGAAGCGCCAGUACUCCAACAACGACACCCGCGAGGUUGCCAUGCCCUGGUUCUGGCAGAACUUCAACGCUGAGGAGUACUCCCUCUGGAAGGUUGACUACAAGUACGACAGCGAGCUCAAGCUCACCUUCAUGGCCAACAACCUGAUCGGUGGCUUCCAGAACCGUCUUGAGGCUUCCCGCAAGUACCUCUUCGGUUGCCAGGGUGUCUACGGUGCUAACUACGCCUGUGUCGUCCGUGGUGUCUUCAUGGUCCGUGGCCAGGAGUCCGCCCCCGCUUUCGAGGUCGGUCCCGACUGGGAGAGCUACGAGUUCACCAAGCUCGACCCCACCUCCGAGGCUGACCGCAAGUACACCGAGGACAUCUGGGCCUGGGACACUCCCGUUGUCGCUGACGGCAAGACCCUCGAGAUGGUCGAUGGUCACGUCUUCAAAUAA